CGCGCGAAAAGCUUCGCCCGCCUACUGUUACAUCCAACUCAACAACCCAGUUCCCAGCUUUUCUUCGCACGGAUUUGGGACUUAGAGGUUCCCAACAGGGCUUUGACCGUCGUUACCCUCUUUUUCUCUCACAGUUGGUUGUUCUCGCGCAAACCAAAUCUGCCUUGCCGACCUGGAAUAUGAAUCCCUCAAUACCCCCUUCAACUGCCGAAUAUGGAGGAGAUGAAGUGUCGGCCAUUGUCCUAGACCCAGGAUUUUCCACAGUUCGUGCAGGUUUUGCGGGAGAAGACACGCCGAAAUCGCUGAUUCCCUCUUACUACGGCAAAUACACCUAUGAGGGAGAGGAGAAAAUUAUUUUCGGAGAUGAUAUCUAUGUGACACCCCGACCGGGGCUGUCGAUCCACAACCCCAUGGGCAGGGAUGGGAUCGUAGAGGACUGGGACAUGGCGGAGAAGGUCUGGGAGUACUCGUUCACAUCGAGAUUGACCGGGUCCAAGCCAGGAAACCCGCUGCAAAACGGAUUGAAUGAUGCGCUCCCAGACGGAGAGCUUCCUACUGAAAUGGAAGGCAUCGAGGCCGAAGAGAAGCCUCUCGCAGAUAGUCCGCUCCUGAUGACGGAGAGCGGAUGGAAUCCCAGCAAGGCACGCGAAAAGACCAUCGAGAUUGCAAUGGAGAAUUGGGGCAGUCCAGCGUUCUACCUGGGGAGAAAUGGCGUUCUGGCAGCCUUCGCGUCUGGUAAGGCUUCUGCCCUGGUGAUCGAUGUCGGGGCGUCGAAUAUCUCCGUGACUCCCGUACAUGACGGGAUGAUUUUAAAGAGAGGCGUGCAGCAUUCGCCGCUUGGUGGUGACUACAUCUCAUCCCAGAUCCGAGCGCUGUUCAAGGCAAACUCUCCCCAACCAAUUACGAUCACUCCACAUUACCUUAUCUCCUCCAAGACAUCUGUCGACGCCGGGCAACCUCCGCAAGCGGUUUACAAGACGUUCGCCCCGGAGAAGGCGCCCCACGAGUCGUACCGCGCGCUUCUCGAGGAACGGACCCUAUCGGAGUUCAAAGAGUGCGUUGUCCAGGUCUGGCCAGGCCCCAACCGAUUGACCGCAACGGGACCCAACGGCAUUCCCAACGAGGAGAUCGCGCGGAGCAGCCCCGGCCGGCCUUUUGAGUUCCCGGACGGAUACAACCAAGUCUUCGGCGUGGAGCGGUACCGUGUCGUUGAGUCUCUCUUUGAUGCUAAGGCCCACAUCCCGGACUCGGAGUCGCCCUUCCCCGCGCCUACGCCUGCGCAGACGCUCCCAGAACUCAUCAAGAGCGCCCUCAACGGCGUCGACGUCGAUAUCCGCCCCCACCUGCUCGCCAACGUCGUUGUGACCGGCGCCUCUAGCCUGCUGUACGGAUUCACGGACCGGUUGAACCAGGAACUCCUGCAGAACUUCCCCAGUCCGCGUGUCCGUAUCUCCGCGCCGGGCAACACGACCGAACGCCGCUUCGGCUCGUGGGUCGGGGCCAGCAUCCUCGCCAGCCUGGGAUCCUUCCACCAGAUGUGGAUCUCCAAGAAGGAGUAUGAAGAGCAUGGCCCGUCAAUCGUGGAUAAGCGCUGCAAGUAGAUUGAUCCAUCUUUAUUAAUUAUGGGAGCUUGGACAUGUGGCGUUCUAGUUCCUUCUUACUAUCUUACUGAAAUGAAUUGAUUUCCUCGCCUUUGUCCAUUGGUUGAGAUCGUCUUAAAAGAUCAUCAGGUGUUUAGCUUGGGGCCUCCAGAACCUUUUCUAUUCUUCCCCCCCCCCCCCCCC